CUACUUAGUCUAACUUUAGUACGGAUUAUUCUUAGUGUGCUACUGGAUAGAUCCCAAUUGUAAGGUGUAUGUCAUGCAAUGUAAGAGCUAGAUUGUAAACAGUAGUUUCAUUGGCAGGUUAGACGUAACGUGGAGUUGAUAUUGCAGACUCAAUCAUCCGCUUUUCCUAGUGGGUUCACUAAAUAUCUUGAAGCUUACUAUCAACCAAAUUCGAGUUUGCUUUCUGGACUUAGUGGAACCUAACCCCCACAAUCUUCAAGAUAUUUAACCGGGGUAGCGGAAGAUGAACGAUCUGGCAAAUAUCACCGGGCACAAUUGCCAAUCCUGCGACCGGCCCGAUACAGCGGAGGAAGAAAUGGUCCAGUGUCACACAUGUCAGUUGUGGCAACAUUUUAGCUGUGCCGGUGUCGACGAGCGAAUCAAAGCAGCCAACAUUCAGUUCGCUUGUAAAACCUGUUGUGACAAGCAGAAGGCAUCGACGUUGACAGCCAACAAGAAAACCCUGAAGUCAACAACCAGCUCCGCGAAAGGAUCCAAGGCCGGGUCUAGAAGAAGUAAGCAGCUUCCUAACUUGCCUGGAAGCGUGACCUCUAGUAGUCGAGCUGCGCUUCUUGAGGAACAGCUCAAGAUGAUUGAAGAAGAAAGGCAUCUCAGGGAACAAGAACUGGAAGAACAGAAGGAGCUCAAACGGCGUGAAAUGGAAGAAUCUGAGCGUCAGCUGCAAGAGAAGAAGAAGUUCGCGGAAGAAGAGAAGCGCCUCCGUGAACAACAACUGAAGGAAGAUUCGGUUAUGAAGGCAAUGCAGCAGAAAAUCAGACGCGAAUCCCUGGAAAAACGGAACGAAAUCAUUCGGCAGCUCGCACAGACCAGCAGCAGAGGUGGAUCAAUUCCGGACUCCAGUGAGAAGGUUAAGGGAUGGCUAGCAGCGCAGGAAAAGGUGAAUGAAGACCCCUCGAUCAGCGCAGUUCUAGCCAGGCCGGCAGAUAAUCAGCCAUCCGGCGCGCAUUCUCCAGCGGUAUCUGAAGUAUCCUUGGCGUUGCAGAACCUCUUGACCGUUCCAUUACCAGGUGCCACCAUUCCGUCUUCCCCAGCACCACGCGACAAGUCACACUGCCCUCUCCCAUCCCAUGGUGUAGUGACAGGUAGUCUUUCUCAGCAGCAAAUUGCGGCACGACAAGUUUUGGGCAAAGAACUACCCACAUUCAACGGGAACCCUGAAGAUUGGCCCAUCUUCAUCAGCUGCUAUGAGCAGUCGACAGCCACCUGCGGCUAUUCAGACGCAGAGAAUCUCAUUCGCCUGCAGCGGUGCCUCAAGGGCCACGCAUUGGAGUCGGUCAAAAGUCGUCUGCUCCUGCCAUCUAGCGUACAGCACGUCAUCCAGACUCUGCGCACGUUAUACGGGAGACCAGAACUUCUAAUUCGAUCUCUAAUGAGCAAGCUUCAACAAGUUCCUGCUCCAAGACAUGACCGACUGGAGACGCUGAUGCAAUUCGGACUCUCGGUUCAUAAUCUCGUGGAUCAUUUGAAAGCGGCCGGUCAGAAAAACCAUCUCUCAAACCCAGUUCUGAUGCAAGAGCUUGUGGAAAAAUUACCUGGCACGAUGCGGCUGGACUGGGCUGUUUUCAAGAAUAAGAACCUCCCGGCAACAUUGGAAACCUUCGGCGAGUUUAUGGCAGGUCUUGUAACAGCAGCGAGCGAAGUUACCUUCGAUCUACCGUCGUUUGAUAGCGCUGCACGAGGGGAUAAGCGAAGGCCGAAAGAGACAGGCAUCGUCCGUGCCCAUUCUUCUGAGGUGGAAUCAUCGCAACAUUGGUCAUCGGAGCCACCGUCAUCAGGUGGUACUGAAGCAGGUGGUAGACCCUACCAAACAGGUAAAUUAUGUGUAGCAUGUGGACGCGACGGUCAUCGUGUAGCCGACUGUGCGCAGUUCAAAUCGGCAAAUGUGGAUGAACGCUGGAAGCUGGUCCAGCUCAAGGGUCUAUGCAGAACAUGUCUGAACAGUCAUGGUAGAUGGCCCUGUAGGUCAUGGUCUGGCUGUGGCGUCGAUGGGUGUCGCCAAAAGCAUCAUACCCUUCUCCACUCUUCUACCUCCCCACUCAGUAACGUGAAUAUUUCUGCAAGCCAUGUGUCUGCAGGGGAUUAUAAUUGGCCGCUGUUCCGCGUCAUUCCAGUGAUGUUGUACGGCAAGGAGCAAUCUCAAAUAACGUUUGCCUUUAUCGACGAGGGUUCCUCGUAUACGCUGCUAGAGGAAUCUGUUGCCAAACAACUCAAUGUUAGUGGGCCGACCGAACCACUAACCCUCCAGUGGACUGGGAAUGUGACGCGAGUUGAGUCCAAGUCACAACUGUUAAAACUGAAGAUAUCCGGUAAAAAUAGUUCCGCUCGUUACGAAUUGGAUCAUGUCCACACAGUUCGCCAUCUGGUCCUCCCAUCCCAAACGCUAAAAUACCACGAUCUUGCGAAACGGUUUCCUCAUCUGCGCGGCCUCCCCUUGGACGAUUAUGAGCUUGUUCAGCCUCAAUAG